AUGGGAAAGCCGAGGAUGAUAAUUCUGGUGCGACAUGCCCAGUCAGAGGGAAACAAGAACCGUGAUAUCCAUCAAUACAUUCCUGACCAUAGAGUGGGGUUGACACAACAUGGCUGGACACAGGCAGAAGAGGCUGGCCGCACACUCCGGUCCAUGCUCAUGGCCGACGACACAAUCCAAUUUUUCACAUCUCCCUAUCGUAGGACGAGGGAGACCACUGAGGGCAUUCUCCGAACCCUCACCGCCGAUGACCCGGCUCCAUCGCCCUUUCCCCGUCACAAAAUCAAGGUUUAUGAGGAGCCUAGGCUGAGAGAACAAGAUUUCGGGAACUUUCAGCCUUGCUCGGCUGAGAUGGAGAGGAUGUGGCUAGAGAGGGCCGACUACGGUCAUUUCUUUUACCGGAUACCCAAUGGAGAGAGUGCUGCAGAUGCCUACGACCGCGUCAGUGGGUUCAAUGAGAGUCUGUGGAGGUCCUUUGGAGAAGAUGACUUUCCCAGUGUUUGCGUCCUCGUUACACAUGGGCUUAUGACGAGGAUAUUCCUCAUGAAGUGGUAUCAUUGGUCUGUGGAAUAUUUCGAAGAUCUUCGAAAUGUCAAUCACUGCGAGUUCAUCGUCAUGAAACUGAACGAGAACGGCAAAUAUGUACUUCAAAAUGAAUUACGAACAUGGUCGGAGCUCAAGCGGCGAGCUGAAGCUGCGAAGGCGGCUGAGAAUGGGACCGCCGUCGAGUCGAGUCCCAGCAAGGGACUUCCUGUCCUCGGGAGCCUCACUUCAUCGCCGACAAUUCCGGCGCGGCGAUGGGGUGGUUGCGUUAAUGGCUGCAACCACGACAAGUUCUAUUACCCUCGCAAGAUCAUACGCAAGAACACUGCAGACUUUCUCGGUACCGCCCUUCCUCCUCCUGCUACUUCCGUUGGGGCUCUGAAGGGCGAGAAAGAAGACCAUCCCAUGGCAUCCGAAGAAGCCGAUCAUACCCCUGCUCUUGCCGAACCCUCGCCAAGCAAGGUCGCUCGGAAGUCGACCAUGCCUUCCAAAGCUGCUGCCAUUUCCAACCAGCGCUCUGACGUCCCCGCUUCUCCAAAUGAUGCUUCAUAUAACUCAUGCACGUCCGACGAGGGCGGGGCCGCUAGCGAUCUGGACGAAGAUGUUCCUUCGACAAACCAGCACGCUAAAGCAGCAUACUUGCAGCCUCCUAAUCCGCUGCACCUAUCAACACAGGGAGAGGGAUUCUCUGACGACUCAGACUAUUUCCCAGGCAUGCGCGCACGUGCCCAAGCACAAAUUAACGAGACAUAUACGGCAGUUUACCAAAGCUCGCUGUCCAUUACAAAGCGCAGUAACAGCAGAUCUAAGAACGGAGUAACCUCGAAGUCUAGGCAGAGGAGUAGGGACAGCAAACUCGUUCGUAAGCGUACAGAGCAGAGCUGGCUGGAAGAAUCUGGGGUUGGGAAAGGGACGCGCGCGGACGCGCUCGGCGACGGCGACGCUCAUUCUGAUAGCGCCGCGGCUACGCACAUACAGCCGACCGCCUCGACCCUCACGGCGGACGAUGCUUUCGACGCAAGACGUAUAUUGCCAGAGGCUCACAAGGGUGAUAUGAUUGUCGAAAACGCCGAAGUGGACUCGGAAAGCCAUGUUUCCGACUGUUGUCGUGCCGCCAUCGAUGAGACCGGUUCCACAAUGACGGGGGAAGAUGUGAACAAGAUGAAAGAGGCAUCGCGAAAAAGUAUGAGCGAGAUCUACUGA